CUUAUACCCAUUCAAAGACUCACUACCACUUACACCAACUACCACAUAUACAUACACUACACCACUUAUAUAUACAUAUACUACCGCAAUCAUGCCUCUCUUCGGUCGUCGUGAACCCUCUCCCGAGCCCAUCAGAGAAGAACCCCGCAAACACGGCCUCUUCUCCAGCAGCAAACACACCGAACCCACCCCCGUCCGCAGCAGCACAUCCUCCCGUCACAACCGCCACUCCCGCGGUUCCGCCUCAUCCCACGACCGCUACUCCUCCUCAUCCUCCCGUUCUCCCAGCCGUCGUCGCAGCACAGGCGGUGGCUUUCUCUCUAAAUUCGGCAACAACCGCAAUGAACACGAUCCCGCCGUUCUCGAAGCCCGUGAGCGUGUGAGAAGCGCUGAGAUGGCUGAGCGAGAAGCAGAUCGUGCGCUUGAGGAGGCGAGACUUAGUGUGAGGGAUGCGAGGGAGCAUGUUAAGAGGCUCGAGGUGGAGGCCAAGGAGGAUUCGAGAAGGGCUAAGAUGAAGCAGAGUCAGGCUAAGGAGAUGUCCAAGAUGGGACGAAGCCUUGGACGCCAUGGAUACUAAGCGCAAUCAAUCUUACAUGAACAAAGUUCAACUCACCUUUGUGUUGGUGUAUAUGACUGCAUGUAUGACACGGGAAAACACGAGUUACGUUGGAGUGAUGAAGGAGUUGUAAGGGAGCGUUUCUAGUUUUAGCAGUUUAUCUUUUAUAAUACCAGUUUACAUUCAAGACA